ACUCCUACAAACCUUCCCACCAAAACAUUUUCUUCAAAUCAUUGUAAAACUUCCAUGGCUACUACUCAAGAACUUCCCAAAAUUCCAAUCUUUGAUCUCUCAACUAAAAACUUGAGUCCUAGUUCCAGCUCAUGGCUUCCGACUUGCAAGAGCUUGCGAGAGGCUCUUGAAGAGUUCGGAUUUUUCUUGGCAAAAUACGAAAAUGUUUCAUCUCAACUAGACAAGCAAGUAUUCCAUGUUUUGGAACAAGUGUUUAAUCUGCCAUUUGAAACCAAAUCUAGAAACACUUCUGACUUAAGUUUCUAUGGUUAUGUGGGAAAACUGCCCCAUGCUCCCGUCCACGAAAGCAUGGGAAUUCCAGAAGCAACUACUCUAGAUGCUGUUCAAAGCUUCACAAAUCUAAUGUGGCCAUCAGGAAACAAAGAAUUCUGUGAAAACAUCCUAUGCUAUGCAAGGCUAGUUUCAGAGAUGGAGCAACUAGUAGACAGAAUGGUGUUUGAAAGUUAUGGUGCAGAAAAACACCAUGAUUCCCAUGUUGGAUCGACAACUUAUCUGCUAAGAACCAUAAAAUACUCGGUUCCCAAACUUGAUGCAGACAACAGUAGUAAUAUGGGAACAAAUAUCCACACAGACAAGAGCUUCUUGUCGAUACUUUACCAGAAUCAGGUCAAUGGACUGCAGAUACAAUUGAGGAACGGGGAAUGGUUGGAUGUUGAUGUCCCACCUGGAUUAUUUGUCGUAAUGGCUGGUGACGCUUAUGAAGUAUGGAGCAACGGAAGGAUAUAUGCAGCCAAGCAUCAAGUCAUAAUGAAAGCUGACAAGCCUAGAUACUGCCUGGCUAUGUUUUCAUUUAACCAUGGGAUAAUUAACAUACCUGAGGAGCUGGUGGAUGCCGAACACCCUUUGCAGUUUAAGCCUUUUGAUAAUUUUGAGUUGGCACGCUUCUACCUCAGUGGUGCAACCUCGAUGACAGAGAGCACUGCUAAGGCAUACUGUGGUGUUAGUGCAUGAAAAUUUGUCCGUCAAAAGAACAGUGUGUCGAGUGCCUGUGUGUUGAGUGUGUGUCUGAGUGCUUAUGUGUGUGUGUGUUGGAGUGCAUACUUUGGAAUAUGUUUUAUGGAUAUUACGUUAUGAAUAAGAGUUUUACAAGACAAGUUAA